GUGACGCUAGGUGUUUUCUUCUUCCCGUCAUUCUCAUCCUAGUUUUCUUUUUACUUUUAGUUAGAAGGUUGUUGGCUCUAAAUUUAUUCUCGUAAUGGCUGCCACGCUAAAAGUAUAGCUUAUUGGUUAUGUCAUGUUCAAAGUGCCUUUAGAUGGGUGUAUAAAGCAAAAACUCAACAAGUGUUUCAAACAAUGAUCGCAUGAAAGCUGUAAAAAUAUCAAUCUCCCUCGACCGUUUCUUCUUUCAUGUUUCCUUUUUUGGCAAUUAAGUUAUGGACUCGGCGUUUGUGUACUGUAUGUAAUAAAAACAUAAUCUAUGCAACGUAAAAAGUGUACAUCGGGACCAUAUUGAGUGUCAAGUGUAUUCAGGGUAUUUAAAAUGACGGAUCCAAGAACAUCGUCAGCUCUGUUUAAGAGAGCCGAACAGUUGAAAAGAUGGGAGGAAUCCGAUACUAAUAAACAGUCAUCGAUGCCGAAAAGAGCAUCGAGGAUACAGUUUUCAUCGGGCAUCGUGUUUUUGGCGGCAUGUACCGCUGGAGACAAGGACGAAGUGCAGAAAUUGUUAAAAAUUGGCGCUGAUAUAAACACCGCGAACGUGGAUGGUCUGACGGCUCUUCAUCAGGCAUGCAUUGACGACAAUUUGGAGAUGGUGGAGUUUCUGGUCGAACACGGUGCCGAUGUAAACCGCGGUGACAACGAGGGCUGGACCCCACUACAUGCAACGGCUUCUUGUGGAUUUCUUAGUAUAGCCAGGUAUCUUCUUGAAAACGGUGCGGAUAUUGCCGCGGUGAAUUACGAUGGGGAAUUGCCAGUCGAUAUCACCGAAAGCGAUAAAAUGGUGGAAUUAUUACAGAAAGUUAUUGACGAAAAAGGUAUAGAUUGUGAAAAGUCUCGCACCGCAGAGGUUGACACGUUGCUGAGUGACGCGAGGAACUGGGCUGCGAACGGUUACGUUGAAGUGAGAGACCCGAAAACAGGCGGAACACCCUUACACGUUGCAGCAGCGAAGGGUUAUAUAGACGUCGCACAAACUCUUCUAGAAGAAUGCAAUGUAGACCCAGAUUGUGUUGACUAUGAGGGCUGGACUCCUCUACAUGCAGCAGCACUUUGGGGGAAAAAAGAAGCUGCCGCUCUACUUUUGAAGCAUGGCGCUGACCCCAACUUGAAAAACUAUUCGGGUCAAACAUGUAUGGACCUGGUCGACCCGAGCAUAUCUACAUGGUUAGCUGAAGCAUCCCUAAAAGCGCCGCGGCGUGUGAACAACAAUAACAAUAAUAACAACAAGCGCAAAAGGAGUCCACCGCGUCACGACGUUAAGCGAGUUGAACUGCAGAUUACUGGACAGACGGACAACGUUAUUAAUGGUAUAUUAACAGAGAAGCCGCCCGCUGCGCCAGAGAUUAUCCCAAAAAUCUCAGACGGCAAGCCGCCCAAAGGUCGAGCGCCGUCCCCCGAGGCUACAGAACCUGUCGUCGACAAUGCGUCUAUGGAUGAAGCGCCUUCUUGGAGAAGAUCAGCCUCUUUCCGAAACAGACAACAAGAUAAUACUCGAGACAAUAAACCUGCUAACAAUAAUGUGGAUAAUGAUACAAUACUCAGGAGGACUCACAGCUUCGAAAAUGAUAAGACUUUCUAUCAGCGAUACCGAGACGUGACGGCGCGUAUAAAAGCUUCAUCGUGUCCUUCCAUACCGCCGCUGCCGCAGUCAACGUUGGCUUCAAUCGAGCUAAGGAAAAAAAAUCAGGAGGCUACUAACAAUGCGCCAGAGAGUACUAACGAAGAUGUUCAGACCAGAAUCAGUUCAUCUGAAAGAAGGGAAAGGGAUGCUAACACGUGGAACAUUCCAUCUACCACCAGCGCCACAGCGAACACAACCAACUCGACAACCACGCAAACUAUUAGAAGCUCCUCGGAGAGCGUAGAGUCGAACAGUAGCAAUUCAACACCGAGCUCGACAACGCCCACCAAACUGUCGCCUGGAAACAUAUUCAAGAAUUUCUUCAAGUCGUUUGUGCCUCCGGUGCGGGAUGAGGAGAGCGAGACGCAGAGGAAAGCUCACGCGAAAAGGGUCCGCGAAACGCGACGUUCGACGCAGGGGGUGACACUCGACGAGAUUAAAUCAGCUGAGCAGUUAGUUAAGAAGAAGGCAGGGAACGGAACGACAGAGUCGCCGUCGCCCGCUAGCAUUAAGAAGACGGAGGAUAUAACAUCCAUUAAUACGGAUACCACUGCAGCUCGCAGAGCUGUGAGCGGCGGGGACGUCGCGGUGACGUUAGCGCUGGCGUGCGCUACCGCGACAGCGACCGCUACCAUCGCGGCCAUCAGUGAGAGACGCCCUUCGUGGCGGCUGCGGCUCGACCCCACUAAUAAGUUCGAGCUGGAGGACGCCGGACGGUCGUCACCGCGAACGACGGCGCCCGCUGCAGAGGCGACGGUCACGCUGCCACUGCGUCGUCCACCAACAGCCUUUACCGUCGGCACUACCGCCACCACCACGACCACUACCAACUCUAACACAAACUCGCCAACUAAAGAAGAGAGUCGGGCCGGGGAAGAAGAAAAGGAACGUGAAAGCAGUUCAGAGAGCAAGUCAUCGUCAUCGCCAGCGAGCACACAGGCGGCGCUUAACGUAAUCCAACGCAGGCGACGACCGAAGCGACGUUCCACCGGAGUCGGCCAUGUCGAUAUGGACGAUAUUGUUAAUGACCGUGGCGGGGGCGGUGAAGGUGACGGGGACUCAGAAAAUGUUCAGUCUGGUAGCGAACGCACUGAAGAUGGUGAAGAACGCGAUUAUAAAGCCCUAUACGAAGCGUCGCAAAUUGAAGUACGACGCUUGCGUGCAUUACUCUCGACUUCGGAGCAGCAGUUGCGGGACGCUCGGGCGACAAUUACAAGGCUCUCACAAGUGAAUCAAAAUUCGCUUUCUGAGAUCGAGAAACGAGAAAAAAGAGCCAUGGAAAGAAAACUAUCGGAAAUGGAAGAGGAGUUAAAGCAAUUGCAAAAACUAAAAGCCGAGAACGAAAGGUUGAGAGCUGAGAAUCGUGCCCUAACGCGGGUCGUCAGCAAAUUGACCAACUCUGCCGCCAAAUAGUUCCAGCAAGCGCUGCAAAUUGAGAACCAGAGAUUGAAAGAUGAAAACGGAGCCUUGAUUAGAGUGAUCAGCAAACUGUCUAAGUGAGGGUUGGACGAUGAGGCCGCGAGGCCUGUGUUGUAGCAGUAGCGGUUCACACAUACACUUUCCUAAAACUAUAAUAGUUUGUAUAUAACCUUUGGGAACCUUGAUUGUGAGAUGUAGUCAAAUCACUGCAAAUAGUUUGGCUGAAAUCACUGUUUUAGGGACACUUGUGUGUUUUGUAAGCACGCCUGCAUUUUAGAGCCAUACGAAUAACGUUGACACAAAUAUUUUCUUAAUUAAUUAUUCGCGUAUAUUAAGCAUUACUUUGCAAGUAAUCAAUAAAAAUUAUAUUCUGACAUUUAUGCUUCAAUUUAAGAAAUGACGACGUUCAUAAAUUUCUUAUCAAGAUAUUUUUUACGGAAAAAAAUUAAUAUUGAAUGUUUUAUGAAUCGAAUCUUAGGUGUAUAAGACACGACAAAGCAAAAUUAAUAUUUCAAAUUUAACUCCAUCCAUAUUUCCUAGUAGUAAAAUCAAGAGGAAUUUGCUUUUAAUAUAAAACGUUUAUGCUUUAAAUGAAUAGUACAUGUUGUACUGCUACACGACAUGAAUGAAAUUUUUAUGUAAUACAAAUGUUUUACUCAAAAUAUAAAAAAGGGACUAUUAGCCAUAAGUAGUCUUACUAAUUUCACAAUAUGGCAGCCAGUACUUAAAGAUGAAGUUAAUUAUGUAACGUUUUAAUUUGUUGACGAUGUCUGCGAAUUCAACAUAUGAAUGUAUGAUAUUUAAAAAUCAAGCUGUUCCCGAGGUAGACUUUGUGUUGAUAUUUGAUAUAUUCCUAAACGAUAUAAGUGUAAAGUAGGUUAGCAGUGAAACUUUUAUAGAGGGCCUGUCGCCCGUCAUUAUAUUAUUAUUUAGUUAUAUGUCUCUCGAAUUAAAUAUAUAUAUACAUAUAUAUAUUUAUAUACAUAUAUAUAUAUAUAUAUAUUUAUAUACAUAAAAUUACAUGUAUAGCUUGUUUUAUAAGCAAUAGUAAUGAAAUAAUUGGAAAUGUGAUAUAUCGACUUUUACUAAACUUUGAAUUCAAUUUGUAGUUUUGUUCUUAUUUGAACAAGUAGAAACAUUUUUUCAUGAACUUUACUUAAUUUAUCCGCGUGGAGUAUUGUUUAUUAUUAAUAUAUGCAAGUUUGGUCAAUAUUUUUGUCUGUCGGUUUAGCGUAACUUGCACUUUAUUGUAUUGUAUUAAAAAAAAUCUGUAAUGUAAUACAUUUUUUUUAUAUAAUCACGUAACGAUCAUUGUUAUUGAGCUUUUAUAUUUAAAAUAAUUUAUUCGGAUUAACAAUUAAAUGUUACAGAUGUGAAUUAAUUAUUUUUAUUGACAUAUGGUAUAAUCAUGUCUGCAAUAAGGUAUUUGUAUGAUCCACUGACGACAACGGGGAGGUCUCGUCGUUAUAAUGUUGAACGACAUUAAGUUUUAUAGCUUCGUUAUAAAUUAAGCAAUGUGUCCAACUGUUGUGAACUUUCGGUUUUUUUUUUAUUUCGUACGAUAUUCCAAAUACUGAACGAAAUAAAAAAAUCGAAAUUUAUUGCAUUAAUUUGAAAUUGAUUUAUGUAAAAAUAGUACUCCUUUUAUAAACCUUAAAAUUUUUGUUCAUUAAAGUUUUUAUUUAUUUCCAGAGGUAAAAGUUAAACAAAAUAAAUAUGUUCAUUGAUUUA